AAGCUUCAUCAUCGAAAAUCGUCACCAUUUUGUUUUGUGGGUUUGGUUUGUAGUGUUCUAGUGCGUUUCGUAAUUUUAUAAAACAAGUAAAAUGAGUUACGGUCGACCACCACCCCGUAUCGACGGGAUGGUAUCCUUGAAGGUGGAUAAUCUUACGUACAGAACUACACCAGAAGAUUUGCGACGAGUGUUCGAGCGAUGUGGGGAAGUUGGAGACAUUUACAUUCCGAGGGAUCGAUUUUCAAGAGAAAGUCGAGGAUUUGCUUUCGUGAGAUUCUAUGAUAAGCGCGAUGCCGAAGAUGCGCUUGAUGCAAUGGAUGGGCGAAUGUUAGACGGCAGGGAGUUAAGAGUUCAAAUGGCAAGAUACGGAAGACCAACCAGCCCUCAAAGGCGAGGUGGUAGAGGAAGACGCAGAUCAAGAUCGCGUUCGCGUAGGCGUUCACGUUCCCGCUCAAGAUCCCGUCGCCGCAGCUAUUCACGCAGCAAGUCUCGAUCAAGGUCAAGAUCAGAUUCGAAGAGUAGCCGUGGAAAGCCAAGCAGGAGCCGCUCUCGUUCUCGUUCAAGAAGCAGGGACUAAAGAUGUAAAGUCCUGAAGGGAUGGUAGGCAUAUUUUAUCUGAUAGAACUUCAAUGCUUUGGCAAAAAAUUAGCCAUUGAAGCGGUGUUGAGAUUGACUUAUUGUGCGUGUUACUGUAUCGUGGCUGUCAUAAGCAAGGUACACUCGCACAUUACAUAUACAUAUAUAAAUAUAUAUCUAUAUUUGUAUAUGUAUAAUAUGUUUUAUCUUACUCAUCCCUAUGACCCUAAUAUUUAAAUA